AUGCCUACCAACGCUAUCGUCAAACGCAUCCUUGAUGUGGUCGAGAAGGACGAGUCCAAGGUGCUGGGCGUUAUUGUCAACGCCAAGGCAAUUACAACAAAACAAUAUAUUCCCCGCGCUGAGGCUCAGUCUGCCCCUGGGAUCUCAUAUGCUGUUCCCGACCCUUCGGCAACAUACCUCGUCGUUGCCCUUGAUCUCGACGCUCCUUUCCCUUCUUUUGGCGUUCUUGGUCCAAUCCUCCACUGGAUCCAACCGGGCUUUAAAGCAGGUCCUGACAAUACCUUGACCUCCAGCGAGCCUUUUGUUGCCAACUACAUUGGCCCUGCCCCGCCUCCAGGAAGCGCUCCUCACCGCUAUUCUUUCUUUCUGUUCGAGCAGCCCGAUGGUUUUGACGGCAAAAAGUAUGCUCCGGCAGAUGGUAAACCUCUUGGCAACUUGCAUCGAAUGCGCUACAAUCUGGACAGCUGGCAGAAAGAAGCCAAGCUCGGUGAACCUCUUGCAGCCAACUACUUCUUGAGCAACUAA